AUGCUGUGCCUCACGGCUGCCUUCCAGUUGCUGCUGGUGCUGGUGCUGUGCAGCCAGGGUAUAGAGAGGUGUCCUUCAGCCUUCUGCGAGUGCUCUGACUGGGAGGAGUACAAAAUCACUUGCAGGGACAUCUACUUUAUUCCCAGCCUUCCGGAAGACACGCAGACCCUGAGGUUUCUGGAGACUCAUCUAAGAAAAAUUCCAAGUGAUGCUUUUUCUAAUCUCCCCAACAUCUCUAGGAUUUACAUCUCUAUAGAUGAAACACUUCAGAGUCUGGAGGCCCAUUCCUUCAACAGUUUAAGCAAAGUCACUCACAUUGAAAUUCGUAAUCUUAGAAACUUGGAUUACAUAGAUCCAGAUGCCUUUAAGAACCUCCCACUUUUGAAAUACCUUGGUAUUUUUAAUACUGGACUCAAAGUAUUUCCAGACCUCAACAAAAUCUAUUCGUUUGAUGUGAAUUUUUUGCUUGAAAUUGCAGAUAAUCCUUAUAUGACUUCAGUGCCUGCAAAUGCUUUCCAUGGGCUUUGUAAUGAAUCUCUAACCCUUAAACUCUACAAUAAUGGUUUUACCAGUAUUCAAGGCCAUGCUUUUAAUGGGACAAAUCUGGAUGCUAUCUAUCUACACAAGAACAAACACCUCAAAGUUAUCAAUGAUGAUGCAUUUCUGGGAGUGCACAGUGGACCAACUCUACUGGAUGUCUCCAGAACAGCUGUUGCCAACCUUCCAGCCAAAGGAUUGGAAAGCCUAAAAGAACUAAUGGCCAAAAAUACGUGGUCUUUAAAGAAAUUACCAGCUGUAAAGGUAUUUCUUCAGCUAAUGCGAGCUGACCUAUCAUACCCGAGUCACUGCUGUGCUUUCAAGAGCUGGAAAAAAAAAAGUGGGAUCCUGGAGUACCUGAUGUGUAACCAGAGCAGCCACAGCUUUUAUAAGAGAUCAGUCAGGACUCUCAGAGACCCAUUUUACAAAGAUUAUGCAGAAGAAUACACAGACCACACCAAUGCUGUGUAUGACACAAACACCAAGUUCACAAGUUUUCAUGAAAAUCCCCAUUAUUACAUUUUUUUGGAAGAGCGUGGAGAAGGAAAUCUUGGCUUUGGCAAAGAGCUCAAGAACCCUCAAAUAGAAGACACCCAGACCUUUGACAGUCAUUAUGACUAUCCUGUCUGUGGAGACAAUGAGGACGUAAUUUGCACACCAGAGCCUGAUGAGUUUAAUCCCUGUGAGGAUAUAAUGGGAUAUCAGUUUCUGAGGAUUGUGGUGUGGUUUGUGAACCUUCUUGCCAUCCUAGGCAACAUUUUUGUCCUUUUCAUUCUUCUCACCAGUCAUUACAAACUGACUGUACCUCGCUUUUUGAUGUGCAACUUAGCCUUUGCUGACUUUUGCAUGGGAUUGUACCUUCUUCUGAUCGCUUCAGUGGACCUCUACACCAGGUCAGAGUACUAUAAUCACGCCAUAGAGUGGCAGACCGGGCCUGGCUGCAGCACAGCGGGGUUCUUCACGGUCUUUGCCAGUGAGCUUUCCGUGUACACCCUGACGGUGAUCACCCUGGAGCGCUGGUACGCCAUCACCUUCGCCAUGCGGCCCGACCGCAAGAUUCGCCUCCGGCACGCCGUGCUCAUCAUGCUGGGAGGGUGGCUCUCCUGCAUCCUGCUCGCCCUGCUGCCACUGCUUGGUGUCAGCAGCUACAGCAAAGUCAGCAUUUGCUUGCCUAUGGACACUGAAACACCAGUGGCUGAAGCCUACAUUGUCUUCGUUUUAUUAUGUAACAUUAUUGCUUUUGUCAUCAUUUGCGCCUGCUACAUAAAAAUCUACGUAACUGUGCGAAACCCCCAGUACAAGUCAGGGGACAAAGACACCAAAAUUGCCAAGCGGAUGGCUGUGCUGAUCUUCACAGACUUCCUCUGCAUGGCUCCCAUCUCUUUCCACGCUUUAUCUGCCAUUAUGAACAAACCACUGAUAACAGUCUCCAAUUCCAAGAUUUUGCUGGUGCUUUUCUACCCACUCAAUUCUUGUGCCAACCCCUUUCUUUACGCUAUUUUCACCAAAGCUUUCCGCAGAGAUGUGUUUAUCCUGCUGAGCAAGUUUGGCAUAUGUGAGCAUCAGGCUCAAGUCUACAGAGGUCAGACGGUCUCAGCCAAAAACAGCAGCGGGUCUUACGGGCAGAGAGUCAGCCGAGGGAUAGGCCAGAUUCUUACAAGCAUUCAAGACCCAGUCAAUGAUUACCUUCCUGCUGUGACAACACAGAACCAAAUUCUCGUGGAAGAAUGCCAGCAAACUGAGCUAUAACAUGCCAAAGUGUCACAGCCAAAACCUGGUCAAGA